GCAGUUGUUGCUGCGUCAGCUGCCGCAACAGCAGCAGCAGCAGCAGUAGGUAUGCUGCGGAGGAAGCGUUGGCUAGUGGCCCUUCUGUUGCUUGGGGCUCUCCUAUUUGUGCUGGUAGUGCUCUGGCUUUUUCUCCAGACAGCGCAGGAGACGCAGCAGCACCAACAGAAGCAGUUGUCAGACGCAUCUCCCCGCGGCACUUUCACUUCUCCCUGGCAGCGAGACGAUGCAGCAGCAGGAGAUGCAGAUGUGUCUAUGGCAGCUGCAAAAGAGCCAACAUCGGGCUCAUCUGGAGCAGGGGUUGCUGAAGCAGCGGCACUAGGGGGCCGCCGCAAGGCUCCCCAAGGCACCUUUUUCGUGCAGCACUUGCCAGGAUACACUGCAGCUGCUGCAAUACCGUCAGCAGAUCCAGCAGCAGUAGCAGCAGCCGCAGCAGGGGCAGCACGCCAUGGAGGCAACUAUGAGUACCUGCUGUCUUGCCCGCUGUCUGCAUCUUCGGCAGCGCUGGCAGCAGGGCCUACACAAGCAGCAGCAGCAACUGCUGGACCGCACCAGCAGGACUUGAAGGACGUUGCUCUUCCCGUUCCGUUUGCGACACCCCCUCCGCAUCAGACGAAACUGCAGCAACAGCAGCAGUCUGUGCUUCUCUCCCUCGGCUCACGAUCUGCACGGUUCCCCUCCUUCACGCCUGUCCCCGGUUCUGACCUCUUUUCCCCCGAGCAGCAGCAGCAGCUCCUGCUGAAACAGCUGGAGGCUGAAGGGUGGAGGGGCGAGGUGGGGGCACUUGCAGACUAUAACAACGACAUGCACGUGGACUUUAUCUUCCUAGGGAGCAGUGCACACAUUCCGCAAUGCAGGUUCUUUAGAGCCAGGACCCACAAUACGACCACCAGUACCACGGGCACAGUGCCCCCUGCUUUCGCUGACGCCGGCACAGAACAGCUUCCCUCUACCGAAGCAGCUCCGAGUGGCAGCAGCAGUGAGAGUAGCAAUCCCAUGAACAAGGAUCACAGCAUUAACGAAAGCAGCACCAAUGGCAGCAGCCACUGCGGUAGCACCAUAUCUGUGUAUGUAUGGUCUCCCGAGUCGAGCAGUUUCCGUCAUCAGGUGUCAGUACACCUGAAGGAGACCGUGGACAGCAUCGUGGCCGUUGAUUGGACUCAGGACGGCCGAAUAGACAUAAUUGCCGUAACGCUGCCUCAUGCUGGCACCGCUGCAGCAAGGGGCUCAGCUUCUACAGUUCAGAGAGUCUACGGACUCGUAGCAUUUGUCCAGCGGCCUUCGGGUGCUCUGGAGCGAGUAUGGGAUAGCCAACAGUUCGUGCAGCAGCUGCUGCAGCACAGAAAGCUUCUCAGACAGGGCCAGCAUCAGCAGCAACCGGAUAUCGGGAUGCCGGAAGCGGCUGUUCCUGAGGAUUUGCUGGGACCUGGGCAUGAUGAUGAGAGAGCAGGAACAAGCACAGGGGGUACACUUGAGAAUGGAGAAGAUUCAGCUGCGUCUCCUCCCGUCGAGGACUCUGCGGUAGAUGCUGUGGGGGUUGCUGCUUUUGCAUUUGGGGCUGGCAGGCUACACGCACGCAGUGACGAAGCAACAGCCGAGGCGACCACAGAGGCAGCACGCAGAGCCACAGGAGUGUUCGUAGAAGGCUAUCCAAGCAGUACAGCAGUCUUCGAGCCUCUCUCUUCGUCUGCAGCUGCUGUGGCGGAUUAUAUUACAGCUGAUAUGACAGACGAGGAGCUGGCGGACUGCGGCCUUACAGGAAUUCAGCCGCUUGUGGCCGAUCUCACCUUCGACCAUUUCCCUGACUUGCUGGUUCAAACAGCGCCGAGAAGCGUGAACGGCAGCAGCAGCCAUGGGGGCAAGGACGAUGGCGUGUUUCGGUUCUUUUGGGUAAACCUCGCGAGCCAAGGAAAAGAAGGUUUCGCACCCCGCAAGUGGUCUUCUGCCUCUGAUUUGUUUAAAAGGGCAGGCACUACGGAUACACCUGAGUUAACAGAUCCACAGCAGCAGCAACAGAUGGACAACAUCAUUCCCAACCCCCACAGCAGCGCGAUUGCAGAUAUCGAUGGGGACUGCCGCGCUGAUUUGCUUCUGACUGUGCAGCUUCCGGGGUCCUCCUCCUUGCAUAUUGAAAUCUGGCUGAGUCGAUUCGACGGAACGAACGCCAAAUGGAAGAGACACACGGAAGAUAUCGCGCUGCCCCCUGGAGCGGGACAAUUCGUCCUCGCAGACUUCGAUGCAGAUGGUACCUUGGAUGUCCUUGUACCGGUCUGCGAGAAGAAUGAAGAAGGCGUUUGUAUUAAGGGUGACGCUUUGGUUAUGCUUACCAAUUCUCAACCCCGCCUAUGUGGUUCGUUCUGGUGGACCUCGCGGACAGUCGAGAAUUGCCGUCGGCCGUUCGAACUGUGUGACCCGAAUGAGGACUUCUCAGUUGCUCAUUACGAUAGUGAAAAGGCCACCAAGUCUUUUCUUGAUGAUGACAGCACAAUUCAUUUUUUUGGGGACUCUGCAAAGCCUCCGACUUUGAGCGUUGGAGACGUCGAUGGGGAUGGGUUUGCUGACGUGGCACUUGUGGCGGUGAAGGAGGGAGGAAUCAGGGCAGCCCGCAUUUACAGGAAUGUUCCUGCUGGUCCUUAUAUGUCUUCUCAGAAUGUAACAGUGCGGUAUUUCCAGCUGGUGGCAGAGUUUGUGGCGACGGUUGACGGGGAGACUUUGCACUGCAACCGAGUCGCUUUCUUCGACUUCCGAGAAAAGGGGGCUCUGGAUCUCGUCUGUCAGGGCCAGCCGAAGUCAUCGUCUUCCGCCUCCGGCCCCUUUGCCACUAUGCGUACUUACAUGCGGCCAGUGGAGACGGCGGCAGACUCUCUCUUCUUCAAAGCCACCUCGCUAAACGGGGCAUGCCCCUUCUCCUUCUGCACCCGUCCUACCCUGUCAUCGCUCUCUGAUGUACAGACGACGGCACCCACCACCCUCAACUACGACAGGGGCACCAACAACAACAUUUACGCUGUACCCGAUAGCACAGAAGGCGGACCUAAGAAAACAGCGGCCAAGCCUUUCUCCCUGCAGAUGGUGCCAGAUAUGCCGCCACCUUAUGGUGCAGCAGCUGUCGGUGCCACAUUUAAAUUGACAGUGACGGAUCUUAAUGGCACCAAAACGCCGCGUGUUGGAGCACAAAUGGCACAGAGUGCACACGCACCGCUAUCUCUUCCCUUUGAGCUUUUCGGCUUAGGACAAACCAACAACUAUGUUGAGGAGUUCUUUGUUGGGUUACCGCUGGCUCAGUUGGCGGCGUAUAGCAUGUGGGUCUCUCUCAUUCCAAACUCCCAAGUUAUAGUGAUGCCGUACCCCUUGGAAAAGCCCAAGUCAUGGCAGCUUGAGCUCUCUGUACACCCCAGUUGCAGCUUCGCCAAUAUUUUGAUUACUACGCUCGUUUGCCUCCUGUUGGUCGCCUUGGUCAUCUUUAUCCUCGACAGAAAAGAGAAGGCUGAGGAUUCGGAGCAGCAGAGAGGUUUUCGGAGUCAUUUCAUCGUCAGCUGA